AUGUUCGAUUACCACGCCAGCAGCGGUGCAAAAGCCUUCGCCAAACGCUAUCGCACCGAAAUAGCUGCUUCGACCAGCUCUGUACUCAGCACAUUCGCUGCAUUUCCACUAGAUUUCGCCAAAUCUCGUAUGCAAAGCUAUGAGUCUGGAUUUCUCGCGACUAUAAAAGAUGCAUAUCGUGCUGAAGGUCUUCGUGCUUUUUGGCGAGGCGUGGGUCCACCCAUGGUCAGUGUGACGGUCGUCAGGACGAUCUCCUUCUCGUUAUAUCAGAAAACCAAAUACGCCAUUGAUCGGACGCUCACUGAGAUGACUGGCACAAGUCCUCUGGUGGUAGCCAAUGCACCCGGAAGCUGGCCCACACCGGCCACAAUGAUUACUUUUGGUGGCGCAGGAGCCGUCGCAGGCGCUGUAAUCACAACCAUAUCCUGUCCGUUCGAGCUCACCAAACUCAACGAACAACUCGCUGGCAAGGUCGCUCGGGAGGCGGCCGCGAAGAGGAUCGCAGAAGGGGCCACUGGUGCUUCAACGAUACCUGACCUGCGAAGUGGUGGAUCUUGGGCAACAGCAAGGAGAUUGGUGCGUGAUCGUGGGCUCACGGGUCUCUAUGCUGGUUACAGACUGCAUUUGCUCCGUGAUACCAUCGGUACGAGUAUCUACUUUAUGACAUAUGAGAGUGCGAAACAGGUGAUGGGCAAUGCAAGAGGGAAGAGCGCGACUAGUCCUUACGCUGUUGUGGUUGCGGGCGGAUUGUGCGGGAUCGUUAGUUGGGCUUGCAUCUAUCCCGUCGACGUCGCCAAAACCCUCUACCAAAAAUCCCUCCUAUGCGCCGGUCCUGGGCACGCACCUCGCCCAGAUAUCCGCUUCUUCCAUACCGGAUCAUACCGUGGCCUCGGAGUAUCGGUCCUGCGCUCGUGUAUCAUCAAUAUGAUUUUCUUCAGCAACUUCGAAGUGAUGAAGAAGUAUAUUAAUGGUCUGGAGGUCUGA